CUCUACAGACUUGAACUAAACUGCUUUUGCGUGGAUCUCUCCAGCAUUAUCUUCUCAACUUUUUGGAUGCUUUAAAUACUCUAAGUUUGUACCUUUCAGACUUACAAAAAGCACCGACCAACAUCCGAACCCGAUCGGAAAGCGGUUGUACCUGGCUUUGGAUGGAGAAAAAGAUGAGGCCAUACAAUGGCAGCAUUAACCCACGAGACCACGCUCAUGCCGAAUACAAAGCGUCCAUCCUGGAGCACCUGAGAAGCGAGCCUCGUGCAGAAAGGGUCAAGGCCAAGCCACGGACAGAGCAGCCUCCAGCUAACAAUAAAUGGGCUGCAGCUGCCAAAAAGCUGAAAACGACAAAGAAGGAUGCUAGGCAGAAAAAGGGGACAAAAGCAAAAGUUACAACACAAGAAACACAAGAAAAAACCACGACAGAUGCUACAAAGUUUCCAUCCAGCUAUGGUUCUGUCAUGCGCACUCUAUACCUUUUUGACCCAGAGUUUGGUCAUGCCGGGGAGCCCAAACCGGAGACCCGAAAUGAAAACGGAGUAGAUGCCAGCCUGUGAUUGAUGUUAAUGUGAUCUCUUGGUUUGUUAUGUUGUUGUCGUAUUU